GCAAAGGGUAAGGAAAGAGGACUACGACUACUCGUGUAAAGAAGCGUCUGCCUUUGUACUUUUAGCGCUCACGACGAAUCAAAACCAUGGAUAAUCUUGGCGAGUGGUUCUCCAACCAGUAUCGUGAGACAACUGAUGCGAUUGAGCGGGAGGCGACGAAAACCAGUAAAGUCAAGAUUCCACAUCAGACUUUACUUUGGACAUUUAUGGUUGGAUGCAAGUAGGAUAUUACUCUUUGUUUUUUUGUUAACGAUCAUCGAUCGGCGCAGCACACGACUUGUUUAUUUUGGCGGAAGAUUGGGAAUGACCAGUGGCGAUCAACAGAGGGCAAGAACAAUACCAAUGAUGUCAAACACCAUACUGAUUUUUCACUCUACUUCUAAUACGAGGACUCUCACCUACGACGACGAUCCAGAUCUAAGAGAACGGGUAGCGCCUCCAAGCACCACAGGGCAGCGUUUCUUUGCAUGCAUCGAGGUCGCAUUAAUGUUGGGUGCAAGUCCUGUGUUAGGAUUGGUGGAUAAGCCUAUAAGUAUCUAUAUGAUUUUUCAUGGUUGUAUAACUUCUUCUAAAUGAAGACGUUCAAGUUCUUGCCGCCCGUGUUGACCUUGACGUCUUUUCCUCGCUGUAAUUAGCAAAAUCUUGCUUGUUCUUCAACAAGAAAUGAAAGAGUACUUCUACACCUUGUAGUGCCUCCUUUUCUACUAGUACCCCACUUUUCUUGUCCUCGUGUCAUUUCAUCUCGACGUUUCGCGGAUGUCUCGACUCUUCAAGUCGCUAGACCAAAUCGGCCGCGCCUCUGGCUCUCUCGAAGAUCGGCUAUACGUGCGAUACAAGGUAGAAGUGGGCGCGAUGGACGUGGUCAAAUGGCAGUUCGACAGGCUGGCGGGAAGGCAAUGGUUCUCAGAGGUGGAUGUUAUUAUGAUUGGGAGCUUUGUCGUCCGGUAUCGGAUCGGUGUCGUGCAGUGUGUGUAUUUUUUCAUCUGAUUGUAGUUAUUUUCACAUGAGGAUCCUUGAAAAUGUUGAUGAGUCGACGUCCUUGCACAAAUAAAAACUAUUCUAAUCCUCCAAGUGAGACGCAGGUGUCUGCUUACGGUGAUAUUAUGGGCCAGUACCUCCACGGCGACUGGCGCAUCCAUCCUAUACCUCUUGACUCCGUCGCGGACGUGCUCACACUGGAUGAGAUCAAGGAAGCAGGAACCGCAGGGAUCUCAUGGGUAGUCCAGUUCUUCCGACAGAAACUGGAGUUAUGGCUUGGUUAAUGGUUCGUUGAAAAAACGGAAUUUCGAACUCUAGUCGACGUUUUUGAGUCUCUGUCUCAUACGUUGUUGUAGACAUAUUUAUACUUUUUGAGUCUGUUUCAUACGUUGAUGUUGUAGACAUAUUUAUACUCUUUGUCUUUUCUAACCCUACCCGACAUGACGGCAGAGGAAAAGACUGCGAUGGAGGAAAAUAGCGAUGAUGAUACCGAAACCAAGCAAAAGAAGCGGAAACUAAGAAGACAGUUUGCGAGGCAGCGAGAUGCGAACCUAGAGCCCCCAUUACAUACCGCUUACGUAACGAGCGAUCCUGAUACUGUGUUUUUAUGGGGAUGUUGAAGAUGAUGCAGAUAUAAUAGAAAUAAUCUCUCAUAGAUUGGAUUUGGAGGUGUUGAGCACGAGGAUGAUGACUAGAAUGCGAGUUUCGGUUCUGUUCAACAUCCAUGGCUAUAAUUGAAGAUACUACACAAUUUUUGUCAACAGCACAUAUCCAUCAUGCCCGCUCCCGAACUGUGCAAAUCGCUUUAUUUGUUCCCCAAUCUCACUACGCUAUUACUUGUAGUUGUGCCUCUUCAUACCCAUCGCAGUUGAUUGCUGCAGUUCAGGAGGCACAGGAGAAGCAUGUGGCGGCGAGCGGAAUCUCACACUACGAUGAGAAUGUGGUGGAAGCGAUUGCCAAAAUCUCUCCGCAGCUAAGAGAUUGGCUCCUUCGCGGUUUGGGCCUCAAAAUCCAUCGCAAGCUGCAGUUGCUGCGGUACUUUGAUUAUGUUGAGACUGAUGUGAAACAGUAGACUGAACUGUAGUUGUCUUGCACGAAAAAGCAACAGCUUGAACUGUUGUUGUAGUUGCACGAAAAGAAACUGGGAAUCAUUGUUCUCAGUCCUCCUUUCGAAUAGGAUACACACUUGUUCCUGUAUGCGACGUUGAUGUCCUCGCUCUCACUGCAUCAACAAGUUGAUCAACCCCCAAGCAUCUGUCUCUACUAUUCUGACAUCUUUUCAUUUUCAUCCCAGUGCAUCAUGUGCAUCGCAUGCGUUCCACUCUCCCUCCUUCCUCUACUGCUUCAUGCAUCAUGUGCAUCGCAUGCGUUCCAAUCUCCCUUCUUCCUCUACUGCUUCAUUCCUCCGUGGAAGUGCAUCGCAUGCGUUCGAAGAUUCUGCCUCAAGGGUGGAAGGAAAUCGAGCUCACAGCAGCUGAAGAAAUAGAAGCUGAAGGGUUGACGAGUUACUACACUCAGUUAAGAUUGAUCCUUUUUAUCCUGAUCCGUCAUCUUCUGUUUGAUUCAUCUGAAGUUGUAUCGAUGGAUCUUAGAGCCCCUGUCUCUUCAUCCCUAAAGAACAGAGACUAGGAGGUUCGAGAUGAAUCUUUCCACGAUGGUACCUCUAAAUUAGCUUAGCUCCGACGAAGUAAGAUGGGAAGCGCCAGACGUACCAGAAUUGAACCCCUUGUGGAGAGAGAAGGACAUAAACAUCGGAUUUCUCCCAACCGGGCAACCGUUUUAUCGAAAGUUACGCAUGAUAUUAAUGCUGCUUCGAACUAGAAAAAAACCAUGUGAUUAGACCUAUUUGCGAAGCAGGACAAUUUCUCCUUCCCGCUUCUCUAGGACAUCAACAGUCAGCUCUAACAAGCGGCAACGAAGUGACUUACGAUUGUCCCGUGAGUUUGGAGGUAGCGAUUGCUGCUAUUUAUGCCACCUGCCUCUCAGUCCACAGCAAGCACUACAUGACAACUUUUUUGUCGAUUAUAUCAGACGAGCCGCUCGAUUCCUUCAAGGAGAAAGAGUCCACAAGCGUGGGGAAGAGAACGGUUUUGUGGUACUUACAUGGUUCAUGUAUGUUUGUCUUCGUGCAGUUAUAAGUUCUUAUCAUGUGCACGGUGUUCUUGUGCGUAGUUGUCCUCGACGGCCUCUUUGGUUGGUUACAUGAGAAUCUUCUAGAAGUAAGCUGGUCGUGCUAGGUCGUCGUGGCCAACGGAAACACUCUUUCUUUGAACUUAAGGUUUCCACAUCAGGUAUCUAAAAUGCGUUGGUGAGUGUUGGGACAGUGUGAUCUUUGAUCCUAGCGGACAAGAGGACAAGUUUCCUGUGAGCCAUUAUCACCAACGCGGUCCAGGAUUCAUGUUAAGAUAAGUAUCUAUGUUAAUUAUGUUAUUUUUGUUCCACCCGUAGGUGGUCUUGUCAUUCUUCGUCAUGAUCUAAUCAAAGGAUUCUCCCGACGAAAAGACGCUGAGGAGUACCUGCAUCUGCUCUUCCAGUGGGACCGCGAGAAGCGGAAAGCCCAACAGGAAAACAAACCGACACCAGGGACUUUGACUUUAUGUCUGAUGCAUGUAUAAAUAAGUACUAUGUAUUUCUAGAGUACUAUUAGUAAAUAAGACUUGCAGAUUGCUUCAAGUUUCAAAAGAGGCACCAUGACAUGACAAGAAAUAGGUGUAGAGCUAGUGCUAGAAGAAUUCAACGAGAUGAACUAGGCUGGUGCCUUCUAGUGGGCAAGUACUACUACAAAUAGAUAAAGAUAAGCAGCAAGAUGAAAUUGAAGACCUCCCAGAAGUUGCAGUUCAUCCUCCUCGUCCAUUGCAGUGGCAUCUCCCCUUCCAAGAAUUGCUACUCAACUACCACUUGUCCAACUGAUUGACCUCGCAGCACCGUUCAUACCCCUCCGACCACGCUAUCGGGAGCUGGAAAGUCUGGAUUUUUUAUUUGCAGGAUCCAGUGACUAGUCAAGCGAUGUUCGAGUCAGGACAUCUAUCCCUAGAACGCAGACUGCCAGCUGCCAAGGAUUGGACUACGAAGUACAAACGAGACAAAAAGAAGAAGAAAAUGGUAGUGGAUUAUUGGGAGAACAAGUAUACUUAUGGCUGUCGUGGUUUGUGUGCUGGAGGUAGAAGAUGCAUCACGAUCACCCUGCAACUACAAGCAUAUCAAUAUUCUUAAGACAUCUCCUUUUUCAUUCCUCUAACAUACCAAAGAGAAAACUAAAACGCGACCAUCUCAAUCCCGAAUACCUGUUGUGCGUGAGAACUGGGUGCAAGAGGAGGACGCGCGAGGCCGAAAACGAUGGAGAAACUUGAUAACAAGAAAGAUCUCGUUGAAGAAACCGAUAUUAUGGUGGAGCAAUAUCUAAUCUACCUAUCUCUGCUCCAUUUCUGUGUCUCUCGUGUGCCACUUAUUGCUCUCUAAGGCAUUGAUAAAAUAACCAAUGAAUCAGCCCACUCGUUGGAGCCGACGCAGAUCUUGUGCGAGUAAUGAAUGAAUGAAUGAAUGAAUUUAAAUAGAGUAGUUUAACUUUAAGUGUUAAUAUAGCAAGAUGAACAAGAACAUCAAAAUCAAAUCUCGAAUUUCAUUGAGUCUACUGGUCUAACUCCCGGCCCCGACCCCAACGAGAACAUCUGGACAGAGCAUCUGACGAGUGCAGGACGUCGAUUUUGGAUGAACCCGUACACCAAAAAGAGGGUUUUCAAGAACCCUAUUGCGGUGAAAGCCUAUAAUCCGAUGUAUCGAAGUUACGACGUCUAUGAAAAUAUCACCGAAGACGAAGAAGAAGAAACGACCUACUAUCGCACUGCGGCGGGGAAUCUAGCGUUGGCGGUGAAUAGGACUGAAUACUGAUCGUAAACUGAAAGGUGCUAAUAGAUAAGGUAGAGGUGUUUUUUUUUUGACUUUCAGAACCGAUCAUGUGGUGGAUGGAAUACAAGGGUGCCACUUA